GUCCUGAUCCGCCCCUCUCCGGAUACUGCAGCGUGUUUGACGGGCGUCUUUCCAUUUCCCGCCGCGCCGUCAGCAGCAGCCUCAGGUUAGAAUCUCGCAUCUUACGGCUGUGAUACCCCUAAUCGAACGGCAGACCUUCAGAGGAAGCUCCCACCUGUCUGGCUUUGAAGGUGCACCAGUACUUUGAGUGGUGGUCGUUACUCUGUUUCAAGGAUGGCUGAUAUUUCAGAUUUGCAGGAGGAACUGGUGUUGAUUGACAGCGAGAUGAAGGCCUUGGAGGUCCAGAUGCAAGAGCUGCUGGAAAAGCAGCAGGCUCUGCAGGAGAGGAAGCAGCGGCUGAACAAAAAACUAAAGAAACUGACGGGGGAUUACGAGGCGGGAUCCAGCACUGCGCCAGGGGAAUCUGCUGAGGACUGGGACAAGAAAGAUUUUCCAUGGUCUCAGAAAGUUGACGAGAUAUUGAAGAAUGUGUUCAAGCUACAGUCGUUCCGACCUCUGCAGCUUCAGGCCAUCAAUGUCACCAUGGGAGGGAAGGAUCUGUUCCUGAUAAUGCCUACCGGUGGUGGGAAGAGUUUGUGCUAUCAGCUGCCAAGUGUCUGCUCCCCUGGAUUCACUUUGGUAAUCUGUCCACUGAUCUCAUUGAUGGAAGAUCAAUUAAUGGUUCUUGAACAAUUGAACAUCCCCUCCACCAUGGUGAAUUCCAGCAGCACAAAGGAACAUGUAAAGUGGGUCCAUGAUGAGAUGCUCAACAAGUCCUCCAAGCUGAAGCUCCUGUAUGUGACCCCAGAGAAGAUCGCUAAAAGUAAAGUCUUCAUGUCCAAGCUGGAGAAGGCUUAUCAAGCAGGUUGCCUGACGCGUAUUGCUGUGGAUGAAGUUCAUUGCUGCAGUCAGUGGGGUCAUGACUUCAGACCUGACUAUAAAAGCCUCGGUAUCCUAAAACGCCAGUUCCCAAAUGUACCAUUGAUCGGGCUGACAGCAACUGCAACGUGCGAAAUCCUGGAAGACGUGAAGAAAAUCCUCUGUGUGCCCAAGGGCCUCACAUUUACAUCUUCCUUCAACAGGCCCAAUCUGUUCUAUGAGGUUCGACAGAAACCAUCAAGUUUUGAAGCAUGCAUUGAAGAUAUGGUCACGCUUAUCAAUAGCCGUUACGAAGGGAAAUCGGGAAUCAUCUAUUGCUUUUCCCAGAAAGACACUGAGCAGGUUACAAUGAGCCUACAAAAACUUGGCAUUGCAGCUGGGUGUUACCAUGCCAAUAUGGAGGCCAGUAUGAAGAGUAAGGUUCACAAGGACUGGAAUAUGAACAUAAUAAAGGUUAUGGUGGCAACAGUGGCAUUCGGCAUGGGCAUCGACAAAGCUGAUGUCCGAUUUGUGUUCCAUCAGUCUCUCAGCAAAUCCAUGGAGAAUUACUACCAAGAGAGUGGACGGGCAGGUCGAGAUGACCUUAAAGCUGAUUGCAUUCUCUACUAUGGAUUCAUGGAUAUCUUCAGGCAAAGCACAAUGGUAGUUAUGGAGAAUGUGGGACAACAGAAACUUUAUGAGAUGGUGGCUUACUGUCAGGAUUCAAGAAGAUGCAGACGUGUACAGAUAGCACAACAUUUUGAUGAAGCCUGGGAAUCAACAAAGUGCAACAAGAUGUGUGAUAAUUGCAACUCUGAUGCAUCUUCAGAAAAGAUGGAUAUAACUGAUUACUCUUCUGAUUUGAUCAAAAUACUGAAACAUGCUGAACAACUUGAUGAAAAACUCACUCCGCUAAAAUUAAUCGAAGCCUGGUGUGGGAAGGGUCCCUCCAAACUGAGGCUGGCCUCUGUAAGGCCUCCAAAUCUGUCCAGGCUUGAAAUGGAGGAUGUGAUUGUCCAUCUCCUCCUGCAAGAAUACUUGAAGGAAGAGUUCAGCUUUACUGCAUUUGCAACAAUUUCAUAUCUGAAGGUGGCACCCAAGGCUAACCUGCUGAAUGACGAUAAGCACGUUGUUUCCAUGCACAUGCGGAUGAGAACUAACAAGAUAAACUCUCCUGCUAAGCAAGUAGCGGAAGUCAAAGAUGCGAAGCAGAAAGGGAGUGGGAACAAGCGCUCUGCUGCAGAAACUGUUACAAGCAACAAGAAAAGCAAGCUGAGCAAGGCUCAGGCAUUUGUCCUGGAUUGACUCACCCCUAUUUGAAGGAAGAAACGAUUGGUAGUUUUAGAAAGGAUGGAUCGAAGAAGGCUCGAAAGCUUACAGCAAAACUACGCUUUUCAAGAUGACUGCAUAUAAAAAGUUCGAAGAGUCUAAAAUGAUGUGCAAAUAUAAGUAAUAAUCUCAAGUAUGAUGAUAAUGCACUAGUUAAGAAUAAGUUUUGGAACUUUGUGUAAAAACAAAGAACUGUAAAACUGUCAAGGGAAGGAAACAUCACUAACUUUGAGUGAAAUUUUAGCAUGAAGGAAGCCACAGAAUUACUCUUUUUAUAAGCCGCGCUUUUUUUGCAAUAAAUGAGUCCUAGUUUGACGAAAGCAGGUUGAACUAGUAAUCCAACAAGUGCAAUAGGGGACCAAUUCAUUUUUAUACUUUGUGAGGAGACUUGAAAAACAUUUCACACAAUCUAGAAGUCAACAGAUAACCAAAAUAAAGGAUUUCUUACCAAUGUUUCUAAAAUGUUUAAUGGACACAUGUAUUUACACAGCUCGCUGCUCUGUUUUAUCUCCUCUCCAAAGAUAAAAUGCUACCUGAAUGAUGUCUCUGUUUUCAACACGGUAUGUGAUGGCAGUUUGAAGUGCUGACAUUAUGCACAAACGUUCAAUUGUCAUAUUUUGUACAAAAAUCAAAAUUCUGGAUCACUAUUCUAGUCUUGCAAAGGCAAAGGUGUGUAAAUGUUUAUACACUAUGAUUGUUAAAGCAUGGGCAUUUUCUAUUUUGAGGGGGUGUGCCAUCAUUGUGCUAUGCUCCCACUGAGCACCAUAAGGGGAAUGGCUGGUAUUACCAGAGAAAUGUUUGAUGACACUUCUUGCCUGAUGAAAUUCUUUUGAAGAGUAGGUACCAUACAGGAAAUGCUGCAUUUUGCUUUAUGCACAACAUGGUCAUAGGGUGAUGUUACAGUGACCAGAUAAUGUGGUUUAGAGACGUUGGUUAAUGAGACGUUGGUCAAGAUACAGGAGAGAAUUUCCCCAUCUCCUCUUCAAACAUUCAAGGGGAUCUUUAAAGGAUAGCAUCUUGUUUAGUGAUUUGUGGUGCCUCAAAAUAGUCCAGAUCUUCCUUGGCACUGCACCAAAGUCAGCCUGGAUUACAUUCAUGUCCCUGUAUUAUAUUAUAACCAUCUGCUUCAAGGGGAAGAGUGCUAACGUUGACAUAAUGCAAGUGCUUAAGCCUCCAAAUUAUUGGAUGGGUGCAGGAUGCUGCUGCUCUAAACAGCAAUGUGUAAUCAAUAGAUUUGCCUCCACCCAAUUGCCACCUUUUUGAAAUGUCAAGCAGAAUUGCCCUGCUAAUUGAUUGGAACAAAUGAAAAAGAGUUUGGCUUAUGUACAUACAUCAUUCUCAUAGUUACACUGGCCUGAAGCUGGACUACAUUGGCACCAGAAAACAGUUAGACAUCUCCCACACUAUGAAGCUGUACAUUGUGUCACAUAAGGAGGGGAACAUAAGCUAAGAUACCUGAAUGAUUCAUAGAUCAGAUUGCUUGAAUGGAUUGUGCAUUCAACUAUAGCAUCUCUGUUCCUCUGCACAGUUACAAUACCUGCUUAAGUGGUUUGAUAGAAGAAUCAGCAAUAUACCAUUUGAGUAAAUGCACAUCAUCAUUAAUCUUGAUCGAACUUCCAAACCUCUUUAUUUUAAAAAAAUCAGAAUUAGAAUAGGGUAACACGCUGACUACGGUUCUUUGCGGGAAUGGGACCCGCCCUCGGGGUUUCACAACUGUCCGUUGUUUGGCAAGCCAAGGGCUGGGCCUGAGAGCUCCGCUCGCCUUUGGAGGACCGAGUUUUCGUAGGUGUGGGGGGGGGGGGGGUCGUCGGGGAUCGAAGGUCGGUGCCCGAGCAGAAGACCAGUGUGUUGUGGGAGAUGGAAGAUCUCGGGCUGUGUGCCCAGGGACCCGAGUUCUUUAGGCACAGAGCUCGGAAAAAGCGACGGGACGGACCUUUAACAUCGUAAACCAGCUAGUUGUUUGCUAUGUCUCCCCUCUCGCUGUGAAACGGAGACGUCCCUUUCUCCCUUAUUAGGGAGAGAGAGCCUGUGGUAUGUCAAAUACCGGGUGAACAAUGUAGUCUUUGGAGUACUGCAAGUCUAUCUUUGAUGUUGCCUUUUCACGCUUGAGUGCUCGGUGGCGGGUGCCGAUGCUGUUUUUUUGCCGGUGGGG